AUGACUUAUAUUUCAAUUUUAUUGUUCUGGCUCGUGUGCAUAUAUUAGUGAAAUAUUGGUAUUACAUGUUUUGGAUAUCAAACAUCUUCAUUGGGACCAAACUGAUUUUAAUCAACUUUGAAAAUGGACAUUUUUGCGUUACUCUUUUUGUUUGCUCUACCAGACUUUUGCAUCUUUGUAGAAGACGCUGGCUAUCAUAAAUUGUUACCUUUAUCACGGCACCGUUAUUACAUUUCGGAACAAGAAACGGAAUGGGGAAAUAGCACUUGCACCUUGGCUCUUCCAAAUCUUGAUUAUAACGAUCUUGGUAUCUUUGCUGAAACAGAGAAGGAUACAAAUUGGUUUAUGGAUUGGUUUAUUCCAAGCUCAACUCAGUUUCGCAUACGUCGGUUGCAAUAAACUGAAUGACAGCGGUGCUCUACUCGCACACAAUAUAAGUGAGUGCAGGUGGAAGAGUGGAUGUGAUACAUUUGCUAUACGGAAAAAAGAUGAUGAGAAUAUUAAAUGCAAGUGUUUAAAUUCCUCUGUUGUUGCAAGCGAAUCAAAAUGCACUUCAACAUGCAAGGCUGCAGAUGCUUACAAAUGUGGCAAAGAGGGACAAGAUUAUUUUUCAAUUUACACAGUUCAAAAUGCUACGAGAUGUUUUAAACAUUGCGGAUACGCAAGCAAGAGGUGCUUAAACCGAAUAGGAUACAACAGUAUAAUAUGGUCGAUCUGUGUUCAACCUAACAUGCAGAACAUAGUCUGCAGCGAUAGGCCAUUCACAGAUAUGAAUGGAUCAGUUUGGGAUAUUGGGACAGAAGUAUCCAGUUCAGCAGAUGCAGGAGAGAAAUGUUUUGCCAAAGGCCUGUUCCCGGCAACCUUAAGGCACAUUGAAUCUUCAAUGAUUUCAAAUAGCAGUACAUACUGGACAAGCAUAAUCAGAAUGAACUCAAUGAUUCGAACAGACGAAACAUUCUACACCGACGGACCGAGACUGUAUGCUUACAUCAUCAAAUUUGAUGGUCACAGACUUGGAGUUAAGUUUGACGAUGGACGCAGCAACAUCAGACGAAAGAGUCUUUGUGAAACACCGACCUUUGUAACAACAACAGCAACGACAAAAGAAGGCGAUACCACAUCCACAUUGAACUUUCCAGAAACAACUGAGGAUACUAGGACAAUACCAAAAGCAACUACAACAGAAGGCCAUCCCACAUCGAAAAUUCCAGAAACAACAGAGACUUCUAGUACAAAACCAAAAGUUGAUCAACGAGUCCCGGUUGUUGAGAUUUCUGCUAGCGUUUUAGCACUUAUCGGUUUUGGAAUAUUAAUCGUCAUUAUUCUGAGGAAGAGGGGAUGGCUACGUUGUUUUGAUGAUAGUAAAAAUGAAAACAAAGAAUCACCAGUGAAGUUCACAAAUACUGAUUGCACCGAGUCACAAACACGUGAUGGUCCAAAGGCAGAUCAAGAUCAAGGUUAUUCCGUGACCGAAGACAUGCCAACUAAAAACAAAACUUCAGGAAAGGGCCAAAUGAUGUGUGACUAUGUUGAUGUUAACAAUAUGUCUGUUACUAAAAACAUUCCACGCAAUAUUCAGCAUACUGCAAAUGUACACAACAACGUCAACCAGGGACUAGAAGUAUAUGACCAUCUUAAACAUUUCGGCAUGCAAGACCACGACAUUUCUCAACCAAUACACGACUAUGAUUCCACGACCGCCACAUUCAGUGGAAAUCAGGACGACACAUAUAACCAUUUGUCAAUGAAUGAAAGUCCUAAUCAUAGACGGAAUACAGAUAAUGUUUACGGAGUACAGAACAAAGGCGAACUUGAUCAGAUAUAUAACCAACUGAAUGAGCGACCUGAACGGAAACACACUUUGGAAAACAUUUAUGGACUACAAGACAAAAAUGAAACUGAAUAUGACACAACAGUUGAGACACCAGUCACUUGCAAAGAUAGGUCGGAGAAAACUACUGGUGUAAACUAUGAUAAGGUUAACAAAAACUGGUUCGAGGAAGUUUUUAGAAACCGUUGAGUGAAAUAGCAUUACUGAAUAAGACAGACCCUGACCACCUUGAAGGAACUAUGAUGGAUUUACCACCUGCCAAAAUUGGGGUUACCG